AGAAACGUGUUUUUCGUCAACGCUCAAAAAAUAUUGAUUCAUUUCCGGCUUUGCUGAUUUCCAUUCUGCAUCUACUCUUCAUAACUUGGUAAAAAGAUUAGAGCUUUUUAAUUCGGGUAUGGCUGCCGCCGGGAGACUUAUGCACGCCGUGCAGUACGACGGCUACGGCGGAGGAGCCGCCGCUUUGAAGCAUGUUGAAGUUCCUGUACCUACUCCCAAGAAAGGUGAGCUCUUGGUGAAGUUGGAAGCGGUAAGCAUAAAUCCGGUUGAUUGGAAAGUUCAAGCCGGUUCCUUAAGACCCAUCUUUCCCCGCAAAUUUCCUCAUAUUCCAGUUUGUGAUGUGGCGGGAGAGGUAGUCGAGGUUGGUUCUGGUGUUCAGAAUUUCAAAGUAGGUGACAAAGUUGUCGCUACAAACAGCAUUAGUGAUGGAGGUGGAUUAGCGGAGUAUGCUGUGACAAAGGAGAGCUUGACAGCUACGAGGCCACCCGAAGUAUCAGCAGCCGAUGCUGCAGCCCUUCCCAUCGCUGGCCUUACAGCUCACGAGGCACUAACCCGAGUGGCGGGGGUCAAGCUCGACGGGAGCGGUCCUAGGAAGAGCAUCCUCGUGACUGCUGCCUCCGGUGGCGUGGGCCACUACGCUGUCCAGCUGGCAAAGCUCGGGAACACACACGUCACGGCCACCUGCGGGGCACGCAACAUCGAGUUCGUGAAGAGCUUAGGCGCAGACGAGGUCCUCGACUACAAGACCCCCGAGGGGGCAGCUCUUCAAAGCUCAUUAGGCCAGAAAUACGACAUAGUCAUCCACUGCACCUCGGGGAUUCCCUGGUCUACCUUCGACCCCAAUCUCAGCGACAACGGGAAGGUAAUCGAUCUCACUCCCACCCCCGCCACCUACUUAACGGUUGCCCUCAAGAAGCUCAGCUUCUCGAAGAAGCAGCUGGUGCCAUUGGUUUUAUCUGCCAAAGCUGAGAACCUGGACUCCCUGGUUAAACUGGUGAAAGAGGGGAAGCUUAAAAGUGUUAUAGACUCAAAACACCCUCUAAGCAAGGCAGAAGAUGCUUGGACUAGAAGCAUUGAUGGACAUGCCUCAGGGAAAAUAAUUGUGGAGCCAUAACACAAAUUAUAUAUAUAGGGUUGAGUUCACACGAGGACCACAAUAUAUAGAGGACUGUGCGGACUGAUUUUAGGCACACGAUAAAUUAGUAUCAGGCACACAACUUAAUACACAAUGCCACACAAGAAUACAUGUAAACAUUAGGUUUCGAACUCAGACUCUAUUAAUUAACAAAUCUAUGCACACCACAUACAAAUUAUGACAUAGGGCUACAUUCGGCCAUACACACGACAUACUGACUAAUGGCACACGACUAUUUCAG